AGCGGCCGCCGAGCACUUUCUAACAUCGUCUUACUCUAACGUAACAUCGCCUUGGAUUGCGAAUUUGCGCACAACAGCUAGAAAAGGUUCCUCAUCCAACAGCUUUAGGAGCCCAUCCGCCGGAGAUAUAUACGGUAGAUCGCACUUCGCAAGACAUUGGCGCCUCCACUCGACAGAUAGCAAACAUGGCGCAACACAGUCAACCGAGCAAUUACACGCAGGGCCACUCCAACUGUACCGUCGCAACCCACCAGUCGCGUACGGCCGAGUCGGAUGCCGCCUUCCUCCUCCCGCACAUAAAGAAGACAGACCAUAUUCUCGACGUCGGCUGCGGGCCGGGCACCAUCACCACGGGAUUAGCCAAGUACGCCAGCGAAGGCACGACAGUCGGCAUCGACAUCUCGCCAGACGUCCUGCAGAAGGCGAAGACACUAGCAGCCGAGGCCAAAGUCCCCACCCAGGGGCCAGGCUCCGUCGUCUUCGAGCAAGGCAACAUCCUGGAGCGGCUCGCCUAUCCCGACGACACGUUCGACAUCGUCUUCUGCGCGCACCUCUUCGGCCAUCUGCCCCCGCCGGACCUCCCGCUCCAGGCGCUCGCCGAGAUCCGCCGCGUCCUGAAGCCCGGCGCCAUCCUGGCCACGCGCGACGCCGCGCACCAGCACUUCUACCCGCGCAGCCUGGACCUGGACCGCCUGUGGGUGGGCAAUCUGAGCCGCGCGGUGCGCAAAGGCGCGCCUGAGACAGACCCUACGGGCUCGAUGAUGCCGGCGCUGUUCCGCCGCGCCGGCUUUGACGCGGACGGCGGAAAGGUCCGCGUCGGCGCUGGCACUAUGGUGUACUCGGGGCCGGAAACUCGCAAGUGGUUGGCCUGGCGCGCCGCUGGCCAGCUGCAGCCCGGAGACCCCUUCCGCCAGAGCUGGCUGGAUGCGGGGAUCACGGAGGACGAGAUUGAGCAGACGCUGGUUGCGGUGCGGAAGUGGGCGGAGACGGAAGAUGCUUGGUUCGCGGCGCUGCAGUGCGAGAUGCUGGCGUGGAAGUAAGUGACCGGACGGGCUUCCCGGGGCGAUAGCGGGGGGAGAGGGAGAAGGACGGGGUUGGUUCGCCCUAAUUAUCAGCUUUUGGUCCAACGCGAUACCUAGGUAGAGUUAUGACAAUAUGCUUGAUUGAC